UAGGUAGCCUGUAGGUACCUAGGUAUUGCGACUCGCAUUAUCCGAGGACCGACACGAGCACGAGAUGAAAGAUUUGAUGGUGUCAUUUUGGCGCCGUCGAGCCUGUCUAUUCAGCCUGCAUUAAUAAUUCCUUACGGAACCCUUCGAAAUCCGGGUCCAGAAACCCCUCACCCACUUGCGUCUCGCGCUUGCAGACCCGAACCAAGCACAUCGCCUCUUCUCCUCCGCCGUCCAGAGGUAGGGGUAUCCAUCUGGCGUCUAGACACCACCGCAGUCACAUCGCCCUGCAUGAAGCACGCCGUUCGUAUAUCUCCACCGCGAAGCUGUCGUUGACCUGCCUGCCAUAGCACCCCGGUGCCACAGUACCAUACAUAGUACGAUAGUUCCUCAAGCCGAGACCACCGCCUCGAAGCAAGAAAUUCGCAUACCCACGCCCUCAACACCCAUCACCAUGUCCGCUAACUCUGCCACGCUUCUCGAGUCCUUCAAGGCUCGUCGGACCUACUACCAGUUGAACAAGGAGCUGCCUGUCCCCAAGGACAAGGUCACCUCGAUCGUGCAGGAGAACCUGAUCCAGAUCCCCUCGUCCUUCAACUCACAGUCGAACCGGGUGCUGGUGCUGUACGGUGCCGAGCACGACAAGCUAUGGGACAUCACCUCUGAGGUCCUGAAGCCCCUGGUCCCUGCCGAGAGCUGGGACGCCACGGCCGGGCGCAACGCGGGCUUCAAGGCCGGCGCCGGCACCGUCCUCUUCUUCAUCGACAACACCGUCGUCAGCAACAUGCAGGAGAAGUUCGCCCUGUACAAGGACCGCUUCCCGACCUGGGCUGAGCACAGUACUGCCAUGCUGCAGUUCGCCACCUGGACCACCCUCGAGGCCGAAGGGCUCGGCGCCAACCUCCAGCACUACAACCCCCUCAUCGACGAGCGCGUCGCCGCCGAGUGGAACAUCCCCGCCAACUGGCAGCUGACGGCCCAGCUCGUCUUCGGCGGCCGCGCCGGCGAGCCCGGUCCCAAGGACCACCUCCCUCUCGAGGAGACCUUCAAGGUCGCCGGUGCUUAAAAUCACGAUUCAUAAAAAUAAAAGAAGUGCUCUAAAAUUUCGCAAACAAAGGGACUUCCAUCAAGUUUUCUUUUUAUGGAAUCCUUGAGAGAGAAAGCAAAGCGUUGCUGCAUAGCGCGGAGUUAUAUUGAAACCUACCUGUCCAUCCAUCUUCAUUCUCAUCCUAGCUUCAUCCUAGCUCUGCGUCCAAUCCGCUCAUCAAUCAAUCCACCU